GCCAGAUGGAUGCGGAGCUGUCGCUGAGGAGGAGGCGGAGGAGGAGGGAGGACACCGUCGCCUGAGAUCUGUAUAUUUGGUGUGUGUGGCGUUUGUGUUGCUCGGUUAGCCGACUGAUGGGAGGCGGCGGCGGGGCCCUUUCUUUAUUAUAGGGAAGAGAUCUCCGCGGUGUUGCUAUGUGAAGAGCCGGAUCGCGCCCCCACCCCCCCCCCCCCUCCACCCUCCACCCCGUCCCGAUUCUUAAUUCUCGUUUCGCGAUUUCCCCCGAGGAAUAAAAUUAUGAACAACGCGCAAGAAAUGUCGCCCGAUUUCGUGUUGAUGCGCCUGGUUUCCGCGGCCGAGGACGACCGCCUGGACGCGGAAAACGGGAAUCUGCCGCCGGGUGGAGGAGGAGGAGUGGUGGUGGCGGGGCUGGAGCUGGGGCUGGGGAUGGGGAAGGAGGUCCUGGCUCACAGCGGCGUCAAAGCGGGGUUGGAUAUUAGCCGAGAUCUGACGGCGGGCCUCGAGCAUCCCGCCGGCCGCUGGAACAAAGCGCAGCGGAGCGGCGACGGCACCGGGGCCCCGGACUCCGGGGGGCCGGAGAGCCGAGACCCGCUGUCCGCGCCUCCUCCGCCGCAGAGCCCCGCGGAGGCCCAGGGCUUCGACUUCGCCCCCAGCCCCGGCCUCCGGCCUCAGCUGCUGGUCUUCUCCAACAUAAUGCGCAACGGAGACGCGAUUCUGGAACUAGACCGUCGGAACCAGCCGAGGGAUGCUCUGGGUUUGGACCGCAGCUCCGGGACCGGCCGCACCGGGCCGGCCGUCAACAACAACAGCCUGAGUCCCGGAGACGUGGAGCGGACGUGGGGAGCGCAUCCGCCGGUCGUCACCGCGGAUAUGCAUGGAGCCGCGGAGCUCUGCCGCCGGCACCGACUCAUCACCACCCCGCCCGAGUGGCCCCUGUUGACGGAGAGGUCCGACCCGCUCGCAGUGAUGGACUCCCAGUGGGGGUGCGCCUCCAGGGACCGGGAAGGAGCCGUGUUCGAGCUGGCGCGGCGGUUCGGGGAGCUCGGGGUCGGCGCGGUGCCCAAGAUGCUCCUCAAGGCGAGGGAGCUCCCGCAGUGUUCGUGUCAGGGUGCACACCGGCCGGCGGGAGGGGGAGUGGAGCCCCGGGAUGACCCGACGGAGACCAGCGAUGCUCUGUUGGUCCUGGAGGGACUCGAGACCGGUGACGUGGCCGGCCUGGCCAUGGACGAGUGCCCGGAGGGAGAACCGGACGAUGAGCACGGACGCCGCGAGUUUCUACUCCACCGGAAACGGGAGAUAGUUCAGAAGAUGUCCGGGGCUUUCUCCAUCAGCAGCUUCCAGGGGGAGCUGAGGAGGCAGGUGGAGGGGGCCGAGGCGGCGGCGCACCUGCAGGGCGCGCAGGUGUGCAGCCUCCACGGGACGCAGGUAAGCUCCAGGGAUCCAGAGGUCGUCGCCCCGGUUUCGGCCGCCACGUCUCAGUCGCACACGCCGGUCCAGAGCGCGCCGUGGGCCGCGAGCCCGGACCCGAGCCAGGCGUCGACCCCCCGGAGGCGGCCGGAGCGGUGCGCCAGCGCGCCGCGGACCCCCACCGGGUGGUUCGCGGGCGGGGAGAAGACGCUCAAAGUGCCGGCGAAGUCCAAAAAGGGCUCGUUGAAGAUCCGCCUGAGCAAACUGUUCCGGACUAAAAGCUGCAGCGGCUCCAACCACCUGCUGGACAAGAGGCCCUCCGCCACCUACUCGGUGUCUUCGGCCGGGAGUCUGGUGGACAUGGCGGGCACCGGCGGGGCGGAGCAGGACGCGGACAGCCGGCCCAGACUGACCCGGGCCCACAGUGCCUUCUCUCCCGCCUCCCUCGUCGCCUCCCUCUCUGCUUUCACUGGGGAGACGGUGUCCCUGGUGGACGUGGACAUCUCGCGGCGAGGAGCGAACACGCCACAUCCUCCCACGCCUCCGCCCCCCCCACGCAGGAGCCUCAGCUUGUUAGAUGACAUAGCCGGGCCUCAGCCUGGGCCUUUCCUAGUGAGUGUCAUGGGCGCCUCCCUGCAGUCCCUCCCCCUGCCUCUCCCUCCUCCUCCUCCUCCCUCCCACGCCACCAUCCAGCACAGCCUCAGCCUCAAUGACACCUUCCUCCGGGCCCUCCCUCAUUCCACCCCGUCGCCGGCGGAUGCUCCUCCCCCUUCCAGACAUGCCCCGCCCCCCAUGCUGUGUGCCCUGCGCCGGUCCGAAGCGAGCAACUUCACCGCCAGUCUGAGAGAACUAGAGAAGUGUGGCUGGUACUGGGGUCCGAUGAACUGGGAGGACGCCGAGAUGAAGCUGAAGGGGAAGCCGGACGGAUCCUUCCUGGUCCGGGACAGCUCGGACCCCCGGUACAUCCUGAGCCUCAGCUUCAGGUCGCAGGGGGUCACACACCACACACGCAUGGAGCACUACCGGGGGACGUUCAGCUUGUGGUGUCACCCGAAGUUUGAGGACCGCUGCCACUCGGUGGUGGAGUUCAUCGAGCGAGCCAUCAUGCACUCCAAGAACGGAAAAUUCCUCUACUUCCUCCGCUCCAGAGUCCCAGGGCUUCCUCCCACCCCGGUCCAGCUGCUGUAUCCCGUGUCUCGCUUCAGCAACGUGAAGUCGCUGCAACACCUCUGUCGCUUCUGCAUCCGGCAAAUGGUCCGCAUCGACCACAUCCAGGAGCUUCCUCUGCCCAGACCGCUAAUAUCCUACCUGAGUAAGUUUUAUUACUACGACCCAGAGGAGGAGACGUACCUGUCAAUCAAGAGCAUCCGGAAGGUGGUGGGAGCGGCGCAGGAGGCCGAGUCGCAGACGUAGCAGCAGACGUAGCAGCAGAGAUCUUCUCAGCUCAAGUUUCUGUGUGGAGGACUGGUCUGCACUGGUCUGCACUGGUCUGCACUGGUCUGCACUGGUCUGCCAGUCUUCCAGCAUCAGCCAAUCAGAGUCCCUGGAUGCUCCUGUGUGUCCAGCUGGACUCGGAUGGACCCGCCUCUCUCUCUCUCUCUCUCUCUUUGACCCGGACUAACACCAAGAGGGGGCGAGUGUUUGCAGCCGGACACGAGACAUUCAGGUGCAGAGGACUCGGCCCCGUCUUCAGAGCGCCCGCUGAGAGGUUCUCGCCCGCCAGGCGGGUUUGGAAAACAAAAAUGGAGAAUUAUGAACUCGGAUUUUGAACACUUUUUUCCCCCGUAGCUCCUGAACUGGACUUUUAAAACACGCGACGCGCCGGUCGAUUUGUACAACUGUUGUUUGCCGCCGUUUCGUCGUUCCCGUUGUUUUCCUCCCGCUCAGAACGCGGCGUCGUGGAUUACAAGUCGCCCUCGGGAGAGAUGUACACACACAGGAGGGCGGCCGGCGCCAUGUCGGGGGACCGAUUGUCUCAUUUUUGGGAUACGCGAUUCGGUUUUUUUUUCUCUGGAAAUAACUACAUUUUAAUAUUAGCCAAAAUGCUAACGGCCUGCAAAUGUAUAUUAGACAUAUCAGGGUUUAAAUUAAAUUAAAUGCUCAAUUUUAUUUCUCUAUUUUCCUUGUUUUGCACUUAAACAUCUCCUCCUUUUGGUAUUUUUACCCUAAUUGUUCGAGAUGAGGAUUACUGGCUAGCGAGACGGCGUGUUUUGCUUCGCCUCAACCCGCUCGUGGUGAUGUGGGUGGCGGUUCAGGCCGGCUGGGCUUCAGGCCACGCCCACAUCAGUGAUGUCACACGAGGCGUUAUCUUGUUGAGCUUUCUAAUGGGAAUCACCAGCUGCCACAUUGUAGCCAGAUGUGCAACAUCUUAGAAAGUUUCCCGCCCACAGAUGUCAACGUUUCUUUUCCCUCUUUGACGUCAUAGAGAUGCUAACGCUAACGGAAUGCUAACGGAGCGCUAACGGAGCGCUAACGCAACGCCUUCAGCUCGCUAAAAACAUGAGAUUUCCACACUUUGAAACACUUUUCUUUUCAGCAACAGGAGUGCUUUCAAUUUAAUGAAACUAAAACUAUAACUAAAAUGAUGACGGGGGGGGGGGGGGGGAGUUAGCCAGAUGUAGUCGAACAUCCCGCUGCGCUUCACAUGCGAUGAAUUCUUUUCAGAGAUUAGUCGUCGUUAGCCUCGCAGCGGAGGACAUUUCUCUGGCAUGCAGUGGAUGCUUUGGGUAUUGCACACAGCGUCAGUGGAGGGGCCUCGGCUCCCCUCCAGGGUGGGCGGGUCUCCGUUGCUCUGCGUCUUCAUGGCGUUCCUACGAAUGUCACCGAAAUCUUUUAUUCCGGGAGGCGGUCGCGGUUCCUUCCUCCUCUCUUGAUGUCACUCCUCUAACAUGGUGGAUUGUACCUUUAGUUGUUCAUUCAACACUCUCCCCAAACACAUGACCGCUAUUCAGUGGAAAACACAAAGAACACAGAAGAAGACCCGCGUCCUGUUUGUGUCUCUGCCAACAAAUUCACAUCCUCUGCACUGUAGUAUUGCAGUGAUUUUCCUACAUUUCCCAUGAUGCCCCUGGACGACCUUUAGACGAGCGCCGGUGCUCGUAGCGUGACACGUCCCGGAGCCGCAUUGCAUUCUGGUCCAUCGAGGCUCCCGUCGCUGUAGAUCUGUUGCUCUGUGACGUGAUCUCCACACAUAUAUUUGCCGUUUACGGGGAAAAAUACACCAAAGAAAGAAAGAAAAAACAUCCCCAAAAAUGCAAUUUACAAAACAAAUUGCUCACAUUAAUAACUGUUUUAUUCCAAACGGCACAUUUGGGAAUUAAAGGCAAAAUAAUGCAGAAUGGGAACGAUGUCACUUUCUCUGUAAUGUCACUUUUCCUUUCUUUCGUCAUCGUAGUCCUCCUGACUGCACUUGUUCGGACAGGAAGUCUUACAACAAUAAAAGCUUCUACGUUUAGUUUGUCAUGGCAACAGAAGAGAACAAUAAACUAAUGUGGAGUUCACGCGCAACAACAACAGUUCUCUGAAUUUGGCGCGACUGUAUGGGGAAGUCCGCUUCGGGCCUCCGUUACCCACAAUGCCCCCUGCCUCACAGUGUGUAUAUCUGCCAUGACUCGUCUCUCUCUCUACCUGUCGGUUUAAUUUGUUGAAAUGCCCAGGUGUGUUUCUGCUGAAGCUGGCUACUGGCUCAGUGUUUUCAGUAAGAAAUAAUAAUAAUAAAAAGAAUAAGAAGAAAAAAUACAA